UGCUUGUUACAUGAUCUCCUGGAAUACAGCGCGAGCUAUUGCGAUGGCUUUUUGGGUUGUUCUCACUAUGGAGUGCAGAGAACGAUGGAAGGAUGCAAGCACCACACUGAAUCUACGUUGUUACCUUCCGCAACCCCUCCUGUGAUCAUAACCUGUCUAUCCGUUCAUCUCCCUGAACUCCCCUUGUACCUACUGUCGAAACCCCCCCACCCCUUUGUCUCCUGAUUAAUGCUGCCACCCCCUCAACAAUGUUACCAUGCAUUAACUGGCUCCAGCCUUUCCUUGCCUUGAUUUCCUCCACCUUGCUUACGCGAGGCAACAACUGCCCAUCCAGCUGUUUGUGUCCAGAUCACCACACUGUGGAUUGCACUGGCCGAGGUCUAACCAGAGUCCCGGAUUACAUUCCUCUGGACGUUCGCCGUAUCUUGCUGUCCAACAACUGGAUUCCCUGGAUACCGUCUGAUUUCCUGGUCCUCUACAGUGAUCUGGUCUACCUGGAUCUGAGGAAUAACUCCCUCUCUCGGCUAGAUCCAGGGACACUUAGCACCUCCUCCAGGUUAGUCUUUUUGGACUUGGGAAGAAACAACCUGACGGAAAUCCCGUCUGGGACGUUUGGGAAGUCCAGGAGUCUGAUCAAAUUGCGACUGGGGAACAACCCCCACCUAAACAUGGUAGGCAGGGAUGCUUUCACAGGCUUGACUUCUUUGAGAGAGCUGGAGCUGGAGAAGAAUGGUCUCACAGACCUGGACGUCAGCAUCUUGGAAUCUCUGCCUUCCCUCCGGAUGCUGCGUCUGGAGGGAAACCCCUGGUUCUGCAGCUGCCACUUUGCCAAACUAUUUGUAUGGCUGAUGGAGAACCGUCACAAACUCCCUGAAGGUAUGGAGGGGAUAGAGUGCUCUCUGCCUCUGGAUGGGCGUCGCGUUCCCCUAAGUUUACUCUCUGAAGACAGUUUCCGGGAGUGCCAUGGUGCCCUCACCCUAACCGACUACCUCAUUGUCAUUUUCUCCGGCAUCUCUGUCUCAGUGGCAGCCAUCAUGGCCAGUUUCUUCCUCGCUUCCACAGUCCACUGCUUCCAGCGCCUCAGCAAAGGCAGCAAAGGAGAUGAGGAAGAAGGAAAUGACUGAUAUGGGAGGGGAAAUUGAUUACAUAAAAUGCGAGUGUUUCAUACAAACCUCUCCAGAGGUCAUGUUGUUAUCCCAGAACAGUCCUGACAAAGCCACACUCACGUCUAGUGGAAGAAUCCUGAGAAUCACAGACUGGUUUGGGAAUUGGGCUUGACCCACUGAGAACACGUAUUGUCUUAACUGAAUGUAGCAAUUUCUAUUUCUAUGUUUCUAUUUCCAAAUGUUAGAAACAAAAUGAGAUGAUGUGCAAAACAUUGAGUUUGAACAGUGGCAACAAAAGACUGGAAAAGUUGUGAAAUGCUAAAAGAAAACUCUGCUGGUGGAACAUCUCACAAUGA